UAUAACAGUUCAAUACAAUUUGAACUAAAAGAAGAGACUGGUCGGCUAGAUCUAUCAGAAGGUGCUAUGAGUAUGAGUGACCUAAGCUACAGAUUAUCUGGACACCAACAGUUGCGACUGACCCUUGAAGACUGUGCUAUUUGUCUUAUAAACCACGAUGAUCCAUAUCUAUCUGCCUGUCCAUCAAAUUGGAGGAGAUCCCAGGAAGGAAAUAGUGCUGAAGAUCCUGAAUUACAAGAGCUAACAAAGAUGGCUCAUACAUCAGAGUGUAAAACAAAGAGGCCUAUUGAGAGGAUAGCGUUACAUACAGCAGAUGUACGAGCUCAGGCAGAAAGGAUUUACAGACAAACAAUGCCUCUUAGUAACCAGACCGUCGGUUUCCCGCUGGCUGAGGCUUGGUUGAGAAAUCAUUUUGAAUACCACCCUCAUGCCAGCGUCGCACGGUCAGACAUUUACAGUUACUUUGUUCAGCACUGUGACCACCUCUCCUGUGCUCCCUGUAAUCAAGCUAACUUCGGGAAGGUUGUCAAAAUUGUUUUUCCUAAAAUCUCUACAAGGCGCAUAGGUGUCCGAGGAAAUUCCAAGUAUCACUACUAUGGCAUCAGACCCAAAGAAGAUGACGGCCCUUUCGUGUUGGUCAAUACGGGCAAGAACAGGCAGUGCUUUGCCUAUGAAGCCAAGGUGAAGGACAAGCAGACAGUCAUGAAAAUGUCAUCAUAUCAGAGAAGUCUAAAAGCUACAGAUGAAGACAGAGCAAAGCUGUUGGCACUAUUAGAGCCUUCCACCAAUGCUCACAUCUGUAACAGUAUUCCAGUACAGCUGACAAACAUUAUCAGGGAAUUCCUGGCACUUUACAAGACUCACUCAGUGGAGAUUCUGGAAUGUAUUCUGGUGGCACACUUUUAUGAGGUACGAGAUGUAGUUGUGGAGUUUUGGAGAAGACUCCCACUGCAGUUUAUUACCUGUUCCCUAAUGACCCACCCUGCAGUCAUGGAGGCCAUAGUGAUGUAUGAUGAACUUACUUAUCAAGCCAUCUGUAAAAUUCUUCUGCCAGACCCAGUCCAGCCCACACCUUCAGGUCUCGUGCAAUUUAUCAAAGACUUCAUUGACAACCUUGACUUUUGGAUAACUGAAGGACUCCACAUGUAUCCAAAGAGAUUACGAGAACAAAAACUGGAAGCCUGUCACAAGUUCCAGUUUAAGAUGAGACAGAACCUCCAGUUGUCUUGGACUGCUACAGCUGCUAGAUUUGUCCUCCACAACCAUGAACUGGUCAAUCGCCUCCAGAUCGUCCUCCAAAACCUAGACAUAGAAGACAUCACAGCCCGCUGUAACCAUGGCAAUAUGGAUGAGGACACUGUCAGACAAUACCUUGGAAGAUUUCAACAACUUUUGAUCAACAACUGUGCUCUUGAGGAGUAUAUAGAGUGGAUCGAAACAAUCAUCCUUGAUCAUCUUCAUGAUAAUGAGGCUGAUGGGUCAACUGCAGAGGAUGUAUCUAAGCAACUGUUGCUACAGUGGUCAUAUAUAUCAGGGCAAAUCCUACUCCAGCUUACCCUGAUAGCCAGCCCAACAUUAGGUUCCUUCCAUUUACUUGACGUUUUAUUCAAAGAUUAUGCUGUGUAUUAUAUACACCAUGUCCUUAGGCUGUAACUAUAUAUAUACUGCUUCAUUAAGGGCACACCUAAAUCACUUUUAGUAUUCAGUAUUAAAAGCAUAUCUUCAGUUUCUAUUAGUAGAGAUAGGACACUGAUUUUAGUCUGAUGCGCACCCGAUAAAAGCAUGCCAAAACAUUUUUUUUAUGACACCAUAUAGGACACGAGUCCUCACUAACCUGGUAAGCCCUAUAUAUGUCAAUAUCUUUCCAUAGUAUCAAGCGAUGUCGCAUUGGAAUCCGAAAUAUACAAUCAUGAUAAAUGCAUUAUUCAUUUAUUUUUAUCAAUGAAGUGUAGUGAAAUACAACUUUGUUAUCCUUUUUCCAUUUUUAUAUACUCCACAUCGAUUCUUACAUGGGGGUUCAGAUGUUAAGAUGAUUUUGAUAAUGCGUAUACUUUUGUUUUAUUUUUAUAUGAUCCGUAGUUAGAUUUAUUUCUAGUCAAUUUUUUACCGAUGGUCCGUUUAGUGUAAAUAUUUUUAUAGAUAUAUCUAUCUCCCUUUUUACUGAAUUUUAAAUUAUAAUUAUAUUUGUAUUGCUUUACAAAUUCAUCGCAUCAAAGAAGUAGUAUAUAAUAAUGCUUGAAGACCCCGUACAAUAUAGAAGAUCAAAUCCUAUACAGUUUCACGACAGAAAUAUUAUCAAAAUAUAUCUCUUGUAUUACUUUAGUGAUAGAAAUUAUUGAAAUUGUUUAAAUUGAUGUGCUUAUUAUAUUCAAACUUAUGUAUAAUUAUUAUAUAUUAUAGUGAUUUUCUUUUAUUAUGCGAAUUUGAAAAUCAACUGAUUUUGAAUACGGCUCAUUUAUUUAUUUUACAAACUGGUGCAUUAUUAUACAAUAUAUACAUCCGCUAAUUUGCUUUUCUGAUAAUAAUGAACUAACAACACAGUUUAUUUCAAAGAUGAACAAUAAAAUGAAAAUGAUUAAAACAAAAGACGUUUUAAAUUAUGAUUACAUCCUAAGGUGUAUAUAGGUUGUAUAUUUCCUUGAUUGUGUGCUAACGUUUCUAAAAGGUUUAUAAAUUAUAUUUCUUAUCACACACGAAAGCAGAGUACA